GAGCGAGUUUAGUUACGUUUUGUCGUGUGUUCAAAUAGCACGUGGUAGCGUCUUAUUAUUUCAAUGUUUUAAAAACAUGUUUGAGUAUUAAACAGAACCUAUACAAAAUAAUAUUUAGGCUGAUACUUACAAUUUAUAAGUGCAUCUAUAUACAUUUUGGAAAAUGAACAACCAAGAAAAAGGAUUACCCGAAGCUAACAUACGAUCGUGCAUCGUAGUGUUAGCCAGUUUCCUGGUCAAUGGUCUUGUUUUUAGUUUUAUCAAUUCCUAUUCAGUGACUUAUGUAUAUCUUUUAAAAAGACUAGAGGAUGCUGGUGUCAGUGAAGCAUCGUCAAAAGCAUCACUAGUCGGUUCUUUGACUGUGGGAACAACGUUUCUAAUGUCACCUAUCGCUGGAGUUCUUGUUGAUCGAAUAGGAAUUAGAACAACUACGUUUAUAGGUGGUUUUAUUGCUACUAAUAGUUUAUUAAUAUCAUCAUAUUUCACAAAUCAAGUAGAAGUAUUAUACGUAACUUACGGCCUUUUAUAUGGUAUUGGCGCAUCAUUAGCUUAUACACCUUCAUUAGCUAUUCUUGGUCAUUACUUCAAAAAAUACCUUGGUCUUGUAAAUGGUAUAGUAACUGCUGGCAGCUCAUGUUUCACCAUGCUCAUGCCAUACAUCGUUGAUCAUCUACUUGUUAAAUAUGGUCUAGAUAACUGUUUAAGAUGGGAAGCAGCGUUGUCAGCUAUAUUAAUGGUAUGCUCUAUGGCGUUCAAACCUACAUACAAAGUUGACAAAUCGGAUAUGCAUAAAUCUCUGGCUGAAGAACUACGAACAUUGGUCAAUAUUGAUAUUUGGAAGAACCCAAAAUACGUUAUUUGGGCCACAAUGAUUCCUCUCGCUCUUUUUGGAUACUUUGUCCCUUACGUCCAUUUGGUGAAAUUUGUUGAUGACCGUUUUCCAAAAAACGAUGGUAAAAUAUUAGUCACGUGUAUAGGCAUUUCCUCGGGAAUUGGUAGAUUAAUUUCUGGACCGAUAUCUGAUUAUAAAGGAGUUAAUAGAAUCGUAAUGCAACAGAUAUCACUGUUUGUUAUUGGCUUGAUGACUAUGUUUAUCAUUAUAGUACCAUACUUUUCCAUACUAAUUACUAUUACAUUAAUAAUGGGGCUUGCUGAUGGAUGUUUUGUUAGUGUUAUGGGUCCAAUUGCUUUUGAUUUAGUUGGUCAAAAAGGUGCUGCCCAAGCCAUCGGAUGCAUUCUUGGUCUAUGUUCUAUUCCAUUAACAGUUGGCCCACCAAUUGCGGGUUGGAUGUAUGAUAAUUAUAAAUCUUAUACUGGUGCAUUUUUAAUUGCUGGACUUCCGCCCAUGAUUUUUGGAAUAUUAUUGACUACUACACGGUGUGUAAGGAAAAGAGCUAUGGAAAUUGACAUAGACGAUAAGGAUCCAAAUGAACCAAAACUUCUUGACCCAAUACCUGAGUCUUAUAAUAAAGAAGACUCUCAAGAAGUUUGUUGAUUAUAUCCAAGACUCAACAUUAUUUUUCAGACAAGUACAUACCAUUUAAUGCCACAAACAUCUAUGAAGUUUCUAUUUUACAAAACAAUUCAAUUUGACUUAACACAUUUUUUUAAAUUAUUGAAACUCCAUAGCAAAUAACAACUACCUACUUAAUUGUAUAUAAUAAGAUCAUUAUAAUGUAUCUAAUAUUUAAAGCAAUUUAAAUUUAUUGAUAUAAUAUUUUGUAACUUUUUUUACAAUUAUACUUUAUCAGUACUAAAGUAUUGAUGAACUGUAGCUUUAUUACUUUCUAUGUUUUUAUGAAUAUUAACAUUUAAUGUCUACUUGUCAUAUGAUAAAU